AUGAUUGGAGAUUCAAACCUAGUUGUGUCUCAAACCAACAGGGAUUGGAAAGUGAAGGAAAAGAAAAUGAAAUUCUAUCAUCAGACCUUGGAUAUGCUGAUCUUAAGGUUCAAACAGCUAACAUUUACACAUUUGGUGAGGAAGAACAAUAGGUUCGCUGAUCCUCUGGCAACCUUAGCUUCGAUGGUAGACAUAGCAAUUGGGGUAGGGAUGCAUUCAAUUAUCAUAGAGCAAAGAUACACACCGGUAUACGAGAUGAUUACUGUGAUAGAAGAAGCCCAAGAUGAGGGUCAUUGGUAUUUUGAAAUUUGGAAUUUCCUGGAGAAAGAGACAUACCCUCAAGGGGCAAAUGCUAAGGACAAAAGAGGGAUAUGGAGUUUGGCCACUCAAUUCAUCAUCUGUGGAUACAAGUUAUAUAGGAGGGGUCAUCUGGGAACACAUAAGUUGUGUGUAGAGGAAGAUGAAGCAAAAUGCAUCAUCGAAGUUAUCCAUGAAGGAGAAUGUGAGCCUCACGUGAAUGGGGCAACCCCCUACUCUCUAGUUUAUGGGAUAAAGGCAGUGCUACAAAUUGAGAUAAAGGUACCUUUGCUAAGGAUUGUAGCUGAGUUUCAGAUAGCGGAGGCUGAUUGGCAGCAGAAUUGA